AGACUGGCAGGCAUGCAUAAUUGAUGAUCCAGAGCUGCUGCCAAGCUGGGGCCGGCCGGCCGAGGACAGCAUGGCUCCUCAUCACUAGUAUUUGCCAUGACCUUUUCUCUCCAUAUAUGUCACACUUGUUGUGGUUUGGUCGCCAAGGAGAGGGGAAAGUGCCGUCGUCUCUGACCCUCUGAAUCUCUCCCUCUCCCUCUGCAACGCAUCAAGAAAAGGAACUGCAGCCAGCGAUCGAGGAACACAAGCACCGGCGGCAAACAUGGUUCACGGGAAGCUGGAGGUCCUCCUCGUCUCCGCCAAGGGCCUCGAGGACACCGAUUUCCUCAAUAACAUGGACCCCUUCGUGAUCCUUACAUGCCGCACACAGGAGCAGAAAAGCAGCGUCGCAAAUGGAGCAGGAAGUGAGCCUGAAUGGAACGAGACCUUCAUCUUCACCGUCUCUGAUGAAACCCCGCAGCUCCAUCUCAAGAUCAUGGACAGCGAUGUCACUAACGAUGAUUUUGUUGGUGAAGCAACCAUCCCUCUGGAGGUUGUGUUUCAGGAAGGCAGCCUUCCUCCGGCAGUUCAUCCGGUCGUCAAGGAGGAGAAAUACUGCGGAGAGAUCAAGCUUGCACUCACCUUCACUCCAGCAGAGGAAACUCGAAGCCCUGAUGACAGCGUCUGGAGUUGAUCUGCCUGGAAUGCCCGCAUCGAGCAAGAUGAUAAUCUUCUGAAGAAUUAGUAUUAUUUGUUAUGCGUCCCUAUAUAUGCUUUGUCAUGAACUGAAUGUUUGCAUGUAAUUCCCAGCAUUGCGAUAACUAUUCAUCAGAGUUGUUUGGUAUGUGUAACUCACCGGGAAUAUAUGCAUGGCCUGCAGAACUAUCAUCAUCUCUCAAACAAAGUUGUAGCUAUGAAA